AUGUGAAGACAAUAUGCUGUCGGGAGAUUACAUCACUGGAAAUAAAACCCUGGUUUCUGCAACUGGUGCAUAUGCAUUAGGGUUCUUCAGUCCGGAGAAUUCCAGUAAGAGCUACGUGGGUAUCUGGUAUCAUGAUUUAAGCCCCAUAAAAACAGUUGUAUGGGUUGCCAACAGAGACUCCCCACUGGAUUCUCCAGGUAAAUUCACGCUCAGAGAUGACAACUUAUUGAUUUUAGAUCGUACAGGGAAGAUUGUCUGGUCGACUAAUAUUACGUCGCAACAUUCCGUAAACACAACAGUUGGAAUUUUGAGAGACGACGGAAAUCUUCUUCUCCAACUUAACGAAGAAAUAGCGUGGGAAAGCUUUAACACUUCUUCUGAUACAGCGGUAGCUAGAAAGAUAGUCAGCUUUACAAGAAAACCAACAAAGACUGUUCUGUCUCCUGGUCAAUAA